ACACCAACAAGUAUUUUUUUGUCAAAGCAAACUGAAACUAAGCAAAGCAGCAGAAGAAGCAAGCAGAGAAGAAAACAGAGGAAAAUUAAAAGCGAUCUAUUGAAUCGAAUCGAGUCGAAUAGGGAAAGAAAAGGAAAGUUAGGAAGAGUGAGAAUUUGAAGGAAAUGAUCAAAGGAGUAGCCGGAAAUCAGCAAUUGGUGUUACCGGCGGGAUUCAGAUUCCAUCCGACGGACGACGAAUUGGUGCAGCAUUAUCUCUGCAGGAAAUGUGCAGGACAGACGAUUUCAGUUUCAAUUAUAGCUGAAAUUGAUCUUUACAAGUUUGAUCCAUGGCAGUUGCCUGAGAAGGCUUUGUAUGGUGAAAAGGAAUGGUAUUUUUUCUCACCAAGAGAUAGAAAAUAUCCAAACGGUUCAAGGCCGAACCGAGCAGCAGGAACCGGUUAUUGGAAGGCAACCGGAGCUGAUAAACCGGUAGGAAAACCCAAAACAUUAGGUAUAAAGAAGGCACUUGUGUUCUAUGCUGGAAAAGCACCAAGAGGAACAAAAACCAAUUGGAUAAUGCACGAGUACCGGCUCGCUAAUGUGGACCGGUCUGCUGGCAAGAGCAAUAACUUGAGGCUUGAUGAUUGGGUAUUGUGUCGAAUAUACAACAAGAAGGGCACACUUGAGAAGUAUUACAAUGUGGACAAGGAAAAUGCAAGUUUUGGAGAAUUUGAGGAAGAAAUAAAACCAAAAUUAUUACCCACACAAUUAGCACCGGUGGCGCCGAUGCUGAUGCCGCCACGGCCUCGAUCAACACCGACACCGACAAACGACUACUUCCAGUUCGAAACGUCAGAGUCGAUGACUAGAAUGCACACGACAAACUCGAGCUCAGGCUCCGAGCAUGUCUUGUCGCCAUGUGACAAAGAGGUUCAAAGUGCACCCAAAUGGGAUGACCAUGGAAACACCCUAGAUUUCCAGCUAGAUUAUUUGGAUGGUUUACUAAAUGAACCAUUUGAAACCCAAAUGCAGCAGCAAAUUUGCAACUUUGACCAGUUCAACACUUUCCAGGACAUGUUCCUAUACAUGCAAAAACCUUACUAAAAUUGUACAAAUUCAUUGGAUCCAAAUUGAUUGUGAUCCAUGACAUUUUCUUUGUUCUUUGGUGGUGUAGGUCAACUUUUUAUUAAUUAGGUUAGAAAAGUACAAAAUGCAAGUCAAAUUUGGUAGGCUACAGCACAAAUGAGCCUUGACAAGCAUAGCCAGAGAGCCAUAUAGAUGGCUUAUUAUUGUAAGGUACAUGUAAAACAAAUGAAAAUUUGUUAAUAUCAAGUUAUCAUUCUUCAAA